AUGAACGACGAAGUUGAACCGGAACCGGAGCCGGCGGAAGAUGAAGAUGACGAUGAAGAUGACUGGUGCGACGCCUUGGGUACCAUCCCAUACCCACUGGAGGGAAACUUGACGGUGGUACUGCCCACCGACGUGGCGCGGGUGUCAUGCCCCUCGCCCUUGACGGUCCGCGUGGCCGGGGGCACGCUGACUGUAGCCGUGGACAGCGAGGCGGUGGUGUUCAGCGGGGUGCGCUUCGUGGUCGAGAGCGCGGCCAGCCUGAUAUUCAGCGCGAACGCCUCCACGGAGUUCACCGGCAUCGACAACCUGCAAGGUAAUGGUGGGGUCUUGAACGUGUCUGAGGACGGGACCGUCGAGAUGAACGGGCUUGCUAUCUUCCGCAACAACUCCGUACAGGCAACCACACCAGAGACCCCCUGCAGCGGCGGGUCGAUCUACAACAAGGGCAUCGUCCGCCUUCGAGGCGGGGCAACCUUUGCCGACAACUUCGUCCACGGCUACUACUACAACGAGGAGGAGGAGGAGGAGGAGGAGGAGGAGGAGGAGGAGGAGGACGAAGGGACGGGCGGAGACGGUGGUGCCCUCUGGAACGGUGGCAGGAUACUGUUCGAUGCGGGAGCGAACCUGGAGGGCAACGGGGUCGAGGGCGGCGGAAACGGAGGCGGUUUGUGGAACGAGGGCUUCGUCAAGUUCGGCCAAGAGGCGACCUUCACUCUCAACGUGGUCGAGGGCAGUGGCGGGGGAGGAGGCGUGUUCAACCAGGGGGGGCUCGUCCGGUUCGAGGGAACUUCGACCUUUUCCCAGAACGAAGCUUUCGACGGUUCCGCCUUCGUGAACUCCGCCGGGGGCAGGGUGGCCGUGGGGCAGGAGAUGUCCAUUAUAGACAACGUCUCGCAGGAGGAUGAAAGCAGCGUAGCGGGAGCGGUCUGGAACCAGGCUGAUUCAGUUGUGUUCUGCACAGCAAUGGUGUCAUGGGAAGGAAACAGUGGCUACCAAGCCGGGGCCCUGCUGAACGCCGGGAGGAUGGUGUUCCGAGGGGAGGUCAGCGUUCGAGACAACACCGCCGUCAUGGAUGGCGGGGGAUUUAUCAAUGAGAGUGGAGGGAGGGUUCUCUUCUUCCACGGCGCCGAAUUCCUGUCCAACGUCGGGACCGGCAGCGGAGGCGCGAUACUCAACCGCGGCGAGCUGGACUUCACGCCCGGGGGAGACGACAGCAGCAGCAGCAGCAGCAGCAGCGCCGACGACAACAGUAGCGAAGAAAGCACGACCCGAACCUUCACUCUUGACUUCGAAGACAACUACUGCGGCGAGCAGGAGUGUCAAGACAUCCAGAACAAGGAUGGCAGCUCAGUACUGGGGCUCCACCAAUACGUGUCCAACCUUUGCGACAUUGGGACGCAAGACAUUGUGGCGACGUGA